AUGGCGGCAGCCCAUGCACUAGCGGAAGCUGAAGCUGCAAAAGCCAGAUUGGCCUACGCUGAAAAAGAAAUGAGCAUUAAAAUGGAGAAAGCCCGCUUGAAAGCAACUCUCAACGUUCUACAUCUUCAAAAAGAAGCCGACGCAGCCUUGGCUAAAGCAGAGGUGAUAGAAACUGCUGCUGCUCAGUUCAACGUUACGGAGCAAAAUGAGGGAUUGGUGUUCUUGCCUCCACAGGCCACUCCAGAGCAGAAACCUCCACCAGCCACCAAGCCAAGGACUGCAAGGUCACAAUCAAGUGUCAAGAGUGUGACAGUGACAGACAUCUGGCAGCUCUUCACCCAGGCCCAGCACCACAUGUGUCCAAGCCUCUCUCAUCCUCUAAAGAGCACGGCGGGGAGAGAACAAAUGCGUUGGACUCAGAUGUUACAGCCACUUGUACAGAGGAAAGAACCAGUUGCCAUCACAGCCGACAUAGAGCAGAUGUUUUACUGCUUCAUUGUUCAGGAAGAACACAGAGAUUUCCUUCGUUUCCUGUGGUAUGAAGACAAUGACCUCAAUAAAGGUGUGGUAGACUACCGCAUGAGAGUGCACGUCUUUGGCAACAGUCCCUCUCCAGCAGUGGCAAUCUUUGGAAUGAGAAUGGUAGCAAAGGAGGCUGAAGCUGAAUAUGGAAGAAAGCAUCACAUUGCUACGCUGCUCAUCCGACACUAUCAUGAAGCUGUAAAGCACCAAGGGAGACACUUCACUGAGGGAGCAGUCAGAGCAAGUGGAUUAUGGUUGGUCGGAGGGAAGAGACCCAUCAGCAGCAUCAUCUCCAAAUGUGUGACUUGCAGGAAGCUCAGAGGUAAAACUGAGCAGCAAAUCAUGGCAGACUUACCUGCUGAACGUCUACAAAUGGAUCCCCCAUUUUCCUAUGUUGGGUUGGACACGUUCGGACCAUGGGAGGUUGUAACACGGCGUACUAGAGGAGGACAAGCCAGCAGCAAGAGAUGGGCUGUUCUUUUUACAUGUAUGUCCACAAGAGCCAUUCACGUUGAAGUAAUCGAAACCUUGAGUUCUUCAAGUUUUAUCAACGCUCUCAGAAGAUUCUUCGCGAUCAGAGGUCCCGCCAAACAAUUAAGAUCUGACUGCAGGACCAACUUUAUUGGUGCAUCCAAAGAACUGAAGCUGAUUCCUCCAGAACCCGGUGAAACAGGUAUAGAUGACUACCUGCGCAAACAGAGGUGUUCCUGGGUGUUCAACCCGCCCCAUUCGUCUCACAUGGGUGGUUCAUGGGAGCGUAUGAUAGGUAUUGUGCGACGCAUUCUAGACUCAAUGCUCUUACAAGCAGGGAACCCUAAGUUGACUCACGAGGUUCUGACAACUUUAAUGGCUGAAGUCACAGCUAUCAUUAAUGCAAGACCUUUGGUGCCCGUUUCUUCUGAUCCAGAGGCUCCUUUAAUCCUGACACCCUCAACUCUGCUUACCCAGAAGUUUGAUGCCAUCCCGGCUCCACAAGUUGAAUUCACAAAGUCUGACAUGUAUAAACACCAGUGGAAGAGAGUUCAAGUGCUUGCUGACAUUUUCUGGGCCCGAUGGCAGAAGGAGUACCUCAACUUACUCCAAGGAUGUCAAAAGUGGCAUCGCAACAAACCAAACAUGAAGGAAGGGGACAUCAUUCUUUUAAAGGAGAAGCAACUUAAAAGAAAUGACUGGCCAAUAGGAAUUAUCGUAAAGACUCUCCCAAGCAGAGAUGGAGUUGUGAGGAAGAUUGAGGUCAAGGUGACGCGUGACAACUCUUCAAAGAUCUUCUGCCGACCCAUCACAGAGUGUAUCCUUCUUUUGUCUCCAAUGGACUAGUUUGUGUAAAUGUGUUAUGUUGGCAUUUGUAACAAUGCCAGGCGGGGAGUGUGUUGGA